GUGGGCGGCCCCGUGUGGCAGGAGGAGAGCGAAACACGACACCCCGGCCGUGUAAGAAGGAGGAGGGGGUGCUGGAGAGAGAACACGAAGUGACUGAGUGGAAAAAGAGGGGGCACAGAGAAAGAAGUGAGUUGGCUUUGGUACUUUUGUUCCUCCCCGAAUCGCGACUGUUGUCAGGAGGAAGAUGCUGCCGCUGCCCCGGAGGACUCCAACAUGCGACACCGCCGCCGCUGCUGCAGCGAUAGGAGUGAAAAUUUAAACUCGCCACAUUCCGUUGCUCCAGAAGCGGCCAACGGCAGCACAGACUGACUCCUCCAAACUUUCACCAUUCAGCCGGACCGGACUGGAUUUCUCCCCCUCCUCCCCCACAGCUCCAGAGGCUUUGGGACAACUUUGCUGAUUUAAACCAGCAACUUUCACAGUUAAUCCGUGUGUUUUAAACUCCAUUCGGGUUUUUUUUUCUCGGCUCUUUUUUCGGCUAGAACAACACGGGGGGUGGAAGGAGUGCGGAGCCGCUGCUAACUCAGCUAAAAGCUACCGUCUGAAGUUACCCGUCGACGGGAUUGGUGACGGAGGAAGCAGCCGAAGACUUCGACAAAGAUGAAAACCCCGGCAGAGACGGGGUUUGCCUUCCCAGAGUGGGCCUACAAGCCGGAGUCGAGUCCGGGCUCCAGGCAGAUCCAGCUGUGGCACUUCAUCCUGGAGCUGCUGAGGAAGCAGGAAUACAACGACGUGAUCGCCUGGCAGGGCGACUACGGCGAGUUCGUCAUCAAGGACCCGGACGAGGUGGCCCGCCUGUGGGGGGCCCGGAAGUGCAAACCGCAGAUGAACUAUGACAAGCUGAGUCGGGCUCUGAGAUACUACUACAACAAGCGGAUCCUCCACAAGACCAAAGGGAAGAGGUUCACCUACAAGUUCAACUUCAACAAACUGGUGCUCGUCAAUUACCCCUUCAUCGACAUGGGCACUGGUAGCUAAAAUAUUCUUGUUUCUGCUUCACCAUUACCACCUGGGAAAGGAACACAUUUCCGUUUCCCGCCCUCCACCCCGUCGGAGGUUCUGUCCUCCAGUGAGGAGCUGCGCAGCCCCAGCGUCUUCAGCACCGUGGCGCGCCGCAUGGCCCGCGGCUCCGUCAGCGACUGCAGCGACGGCACCUCCACCAACUCUGAGCUAGAGGAGGCGGCGGCGGCCGACGAGCGGGCCAUCGGGCCCGACCGGGCCUUCCGGGGGCUCCUCGCCCCCCGCCUGCCUCACGAGUCCCUGUUCAGGUUCUACGGGGGUCACCCGACCCCAGCGGGGUUACCCAGGCCCGCGCCCAGGGUCCACGCCGACCCUCUGUCCCCGUUCCCCGUGUCCCCCCUGCCCGGGCCCGGAGGGCUGCUGUCCCCCGCCCUGUCCAUGACCCCCACCCCCCACCUGGCCUACACCCCGUCCCCCUCCCUGUCGUCCCCCAUGAUGGGCUCCCACUUCUCCUUCAACCCGGAGGACAUGAAGCACUACCUGCAGGCCCACACCCAGUCCGUUUACAACUACCACCUCAGCCCCCGGGCCUUCCUGCACUACCCCAACAUCGUCGUCCCCCAGCCGCACCGCCCCACCCUGGAGAAACCCGCCCCCCACCACCUGCAGGCCCCGCCCAUGCCGCUGCCGCUCGGCCAGCAGCCGGCCGACGACGCGCACGCCUCGCCGUUCAAGUUCAAGCUGCAGCCACCGCCGCUCGGCCGCAAGCAGAGGGAGGCGGGGAGUUCUCUGGCCGCAGCCUCCUCCUCCAACCACGCUUCCUCGUUUACCGGCGCCGGUCCGAACGCCGGCUCUGCUGCGGGAGGAGCGCCGCCGAAGAUCAAGGUGGAGCCGGUCUCCGACCUGUCUGAGGAGGACGUGGAGGUGACCGACAUCAGCGAGGAAGACGAGCUGAACCCCAACAGUGAGGAUGAGGAGGGAGACAUGUUCCCCCCUCUUCCUCACAGCCGUCAUCAUCACCAUCUGAAGAACGGGAGCGGCGGCAGCCCGUCCGCUCCUCAUCCAGAGGAAGACCCCGACGAUGAUGAAGAGGUGUUCAAAACUCCCGCCACUCCCCCACCUGGCGGCGGCGCCGCCUUCCCACUGGUGGGUCUGAAGACCGAGUCGGGCCAGGCGGCGGCGCCCGUCAGCCCCGGCGGAACCCGCUGCAUCCCGCUCAAACUGCGCUUCAAACGCCGCUGGAGCGAAGACCAGCGGAUGGAGGCGGACGGAGACCGGGACGAGGCGGAGGACAAGAAAGUGAGAGGAGAGGGGGAGGGCCAGGAAGACGGGAAGAGAGAGGGAGAGGAGAGCGGCGGAGGAAGAGGAGUGAUCCUGGGCCUGAUGCUGCCGCCGGCGCCAACCCAACGCAGAGCGAGCUCCGAGCUGCAGAGAGCCACAGCGCAGCUGUCGCUGGAAAACGCCAGCUGCUGAAAAACAAACCCAACAUGGCGGGUUCUGCAGAUCCAGACGUUCAGCCGGAGCCGGAAAUCUGGCGUUACUAAACGUAGCAGGUUUCAUAUAAUGUUUUAAAACAAAAACAGAACCAACAGUUUUGUUUUUUGCUUUUAGCUGAACUCAUUUGGGUCGUUUGCAGGAAGAUUUGUGCAAUAAUUCACCAAUUCUGGCUUCUGUUACUUAAAUCAGGUGUCCAAAGUGUGGCCUGAGGGCCAUUUGUGGCACUCACAGUGAGUUUGUGUGGCCCUCAACCAAAAUACAAAAAUUACACAAACCUGAUAUUCCAGUUCAGUGUUGGAAGUUCAUGCAGUUAAAAAAUUAUUUUAAAAAAGAUAUGAAUUAAAGUCCCCUAAAUAUGGAAGGUACAACACAAAGUAUGCAUUUAAAUCAGUUUUAUAGUAAAAAAGAACCACAAAUAUUUCAAUAAUUCCUUAAUAUUGAUGAAAAAGUUCCACUAUCAGAUCGUUUCACUUAUAACAAGAUUUUUCCCAUGUUAUUUGUGCAAUUCGUACUUUUUCAUCAGUAUUAAAGAAUUAUUUACUGCAGACAAGCGCUUGGAUCUUGUAGAAUUAUUUGUAAGUUAGUUUUGUCUUAUUUUAAGUACAUGAUAUUCUCUAGACCAAAAGUACUUAAGAGUUUGUUUUUUGCAGUGUAUUUAUUUGUGCAGAUAAAAAUUAAACAUUUAGCAAUUUUUAAAGCAAUUUUAAUUUAAAAUGUUUUAAAAUUUGAUCUCACGUGACCCUCAAUAUCUUUCAACUUGACAGUUUCGGUAAAAAAAAUUUGAAUUGAGCUAAAUGAACAAAUCAUCUUCCUCCGUGUGACGCAGCGACCCGUUCAGAGUAAAAACAAGGAACAAAACGAGCUGUUUGCGCAGAAUCAUGUUGAAAUCAUGGUGUUUGCUUGGCGAAUACAGCUGGACCUGCUCUGGGACCCAUCAUCACGUCUUUAACACUAAAACUCAGACUUUAACCCGACUACAGAGUUGCCUCGGUCCACUUCUGAUCACAGUCGUGCCCAAAUCCAGUCGAUAAAUGUUCGGUGGAGGCGACCGGACGUUGGGAGUCGCCUCCGGUUCUUGUUCGUUUCUUCUUUAACCCAGCAUGGAGCCGACAAAUCCUGAUGUUACUGAAGAAUCAGCCGCCUGUACAGAGAUUCUAGAAGUGCCUGGAAGACGUCCCGUCACUACAGAUUAUAAUGCAGAAGAAGAAGAAAAUAACGCAUCGAUUGGUUUGGUCUGGAAGAGAUUCCAUCAUCCCCUCCAGUUUCACCGACGAGGGCAUUUUCAGCGUUGUUGCCUUCAACCUUACCCAUCAUCAGCUUCUUCUAUUUUUUUUUACAUAUGUAUAUGUAUAAACAUAUAUAUAAAACAAAAAUACUUUUUCUUUCCUCUGGAUUUAAAUGGACAGUAUUUUUUCGGGCAUUUGCAGAGACAAUAAACUGAUUAGUGUCUUUUGGGGGAGGGAGGGAAACGUAAUGAAUGUGGAGCAUCAAGGCUAACUCAGGCAAACCUUCACUGAGAUGAAAAAAGUAUAUUUUUAGCAUAUAAAAAGAUUGUACCCAUUUUAUUAAUCAGACUUAAAAGAGAUUGUGCCUUUUUGUCAGUUUUCUCCCCCAGGAACAUGUAUUAUCUCUCAGAAAACCACCAUGCCUUCGGCUUUUUGUAAAACUAAACGUAUAUAUUUUAUUCAAAUAUAUAUUAGAAUCAGAUAUUCUAUUUCAAUAUGGUCAUUUGAUACGAAUUAGCUAAAUCCUCCUAUUUUUAAUAGCAAAGAUGUGUAUAUAAAUAUAUAUUCUAAUGCAGCUGCGGCGACCCAGAUCUGGCGGCUCGCUCUGAUUGGACGGUCUGGAUUUUGGUUUGAGACUUGAGCAGCUACAACACAGCGUCCUGGUUAGUGCGGUUACAAUAAAGGGAAACAUGACAUCACAUCUGACAUUAGACGCCUCCGCAGUUGCAGAAUCUACACACACACACACACACACACACACAGAGGAAACCUCAGAGCGACAAGGGACUUCCCAUAAUCCCUCAUUGUGUAUGUGUGCGCGCUCUGUGGUUACCCCGUCUACAAACAUCCAGCUUUUUUGUGAAAAAGGCUCAACAUUUGUCAUUUUUAAAUAGUUCGUCGCCUCAUUCCUGAUUCACCAAACCGUUCGGAGACGUUUUCAGGACUAAACCACCUGAACUGUUAGACCCGUGCUGCCUUACAGCCUCUUCUUUCCUCCAUGCAUUACUGUUAUUCCUGUAAUGAUUUAUAUUAUUAACAUGACUACUUUAUGAUUAUGUCGUACCCUCGUGCCGCGGCCCAACCUCUUCCCCAUGAAUUCCCAGUUUAUGAGUUCUUGUACUGGUUUGCAGCAGGAGGGUUGGAUAAUACUCAUAUACAGCAGGGGGAAGAAAUCCUUUUAAUUUUUAUUUUUAGUUGUUUGUAUAUAUAUUUUUCAUUAUGGUGGAUUCUGUAAGGAAAAGAAACAAGUGUUGUACUGUUUAACAUUUUUAACAUUUGUAUUAUUUGACACCUUUUUUUCUUAUCCUCUCCGUCUCUCCUCUCAUGUUCUUGUUAUUUUCACUCCAGAGGAGAGGCGGAGCUUUUUAUUUUAUUUUAUCAUGCUUCUGUUUCCAUUCUGUAUCUUUUCAUCUGCAUUUGUAAUUAAACAAUAAUCAGGGUUCAUUAAAAAGGUGAAAAUGGUCA